AUGUCAACUUCCAAGACGAACACUAAAAUCACGCGGACUGACGCCAUCAUAUCGGCAAUCGGAAUGUCUUUCGAUAACGCAACAAACGCCGACGUCAAGAUAUUUCUACGCGGGCUUGAACUGCCUGCGCACGGCAUCGUGCUCUGUGCUCAGAGCAAGUACUUCGAAACUGCUUUGAAUUCAAGAAUGAAAGAAGCGGAUACGAGGGAAUUCAAGUACAGUGAAGGAAGCAUACAUGCGUAUUGGCGCACCUUUGAGUACAUGUACAAGGGGGAAUACUCGGAAGAGCUGGUGGCGAAGCUAGACGCACUGGACGAUGACGAACUUUCCAAACAUGUUCGUGUUUACCAGCUAGCUGAUUACUUUGGAGUACAGACUCUAAAGGAUUAUUCGUUGGGCAAACUGCGACUCAAAGUGCAGGAGUUGUGGGUCAGUGAGACGUUUGUGGAUUGUAUACGAGACGUGUACCAAUCUACAAUUGAUCCGGAUUGCGAAAUGAGGAAGAUUGUUGUUGAUACGGCGUGGAGCCAUUUCAAGAGUUUGUGGGGGAAGAAGCCAUUUCGUGAGCUUGUUCGUGAAGGAGGCGACUUUGCCGUGGACUUGAUGGGUAAGAUUUAG